AUGACCAGAGUUGACAUCACCUAUGUAGUGCAAGUGCUAAGUCAGUUUAUGCACAAACCAAAACAAUCACAUAUGGAGGCUGCCUUGAGGGCAGUAAGAUAUAUUAAAGCUGAGCCUGGACUUGGUUUACUUAUGCCUUCAGAAGACACAGACAAGUUAACAACAUAUUGUGACUCUGAUUGGGGAGGAUGUAUUGAGUCAAGGAGGUCUGUCACUGGCUACAUUGUAAUGUUUGGUAAUGCUUUAGUGUCUUGGAAGUCGAAGAAACAAGACACAGUAUCCAGAAGCUCAGCAGAAGCUGAGUUCAGAUCCAUGGCUUCUACUGUGGCUGAAAUAACUUGGCUAGAAGGCUUGUAUAAAGAGUUGGGUGACCAGUGCAGCUGUUUUGUGAUAGUAAAGCUGCUAUUCAAAUUGUAG